CUACGUGGUGAGGAGUGGAAUCAUCCUGAUUGUGCACCUAUCACCAUGGUUGAGACCCGUACUGGGCUAGAGACUAACCCCUAUAGCAAGGAGCAGCAAGAAAAGAUGGCCGCCUUAGUCAGAGAGAACAAGGAGAGAAAAGAGCGCGAGAAGCAGGCAAAGCUAAAGGCUAUCGCAGACGAGCAGGCGGCGAAGAUGAAGAGGUUGGAGGAGGAGAUGAAGAGGGUACAACAGGAGGAGGAAGAAAGAAGGAAGGCUGCUGAAGCAGAAGCGGCAGCAGAAGAAGAGAAAGAGAGAAUGAGAAUUGAGAGUGGAGAAGGGAGCAGUGGUGGCACGAUGAAGUGGGAGAGAGAUACUGAGCUGGAGAAGAAGAUCAGUGAGUGGGUUGCUAAUUUAUCGUUGGGGGAAGACGAGGAGGCGGAGUCCUAUGUGACUGAGGAUGAGAAGGCUGCGCUGGCCGCYGAGCUAGCAGCCAUGACAGACCCGAUGGAACGAAGAGAGAGGGAAGACGAGCAAAAGUUAGUAUGGAAGUUGAGAAUGAAGAGGGAGAAGAAGAGGAGGAGAGAGGAAGUGAAUAAGAUGACCGCAGCAGUGGCAAAGGUGCAGGAGUGUAGAGCGGAGGUGCUGGCCCAGCAGAUGAUAAGGCCAAUUGGGACAAAGUACUGGGCUAUCUAGAGGUGUUGAGCAAGGCCUGGAUAGAGGAGCGCUAGGCAGGAUGUAGCGUUGAGUGCCAUGCGGUCCGGGUUCAGGGAUUUUGCGCGCGAAAUCG